AUGAGCAGCGUCAACGUCUUCCUGCUAGCCACCACCCUCGGCCUCGCCUACGCCCUCUACCAGAAGUCCAAGCCGAGCUCUUCGAGCGGCGCCGCGGAAAAGGUGGCCGGCGGGAGCGGUGCGGGCGCCAAGAAGAACAAGAAGAAGAAAAAGGCCGGCGCAUCCUCGACGGCGGCGGGAUCGGGUCAAGACGAGGCGGCGGCGGCGGCAUCGUCCGAGGCCAAGCCCAAGCAGCAGCAGCAGCAGCAGCAGCAGCAGCAGCAGCAGCAGCAGCAGAAUGGUCACGCCAAUGCUAGCGCCGCUGCAGCUGCCCCUGCUGCCAAUGGCCAGGCCAAUGGCGCGGGUUCCGCAAAAAAGGGCGGCAAGAAGGCUAACAAGGCCCAGCAGCAGCAGCAGCAGCAGAAGCAGCCGCCAGCAAACGGCACGCUGAAGACGGGGUCGCCCUCGACCGCAGAAGAGGAGACGACGGACGACGAUGCAGACAACAACACCGGCAACAAGGAGGCCGCGGCGACGCAGGGCAGCGCCAAGGCGACGGCGGCGUGGACCAACGACGGCCUGCGCAAGAAGCUGCAGGCGGGCACCGAGGCCUUGCACGCGCAGCUCGACGACAUGCGCGACGAGGACGUCGACCCGACGCCGCAGUACACGCACGUCGCGCGCAUCCCAGCCCCGGCGGCCCGGGAGCCCCGCACCGUGCGGCUCACCCAGGCCGACCGCGAGGACGGCUGGGAGUCGGUCUCCGGUAGCGGCGCCGCUCGGUCGCGCUCCGUCCAGCCUCGAGCCGGAGGAGGAGGAGGAGCGGGAGGAGCGGCGAGCGGCGGCAACAGCUUUGCCUCGAUCGCAUCCAACAACCCCUUCGCCGCGCUACCGAACGAGGUCAGCACCGCCAAGGUCAAGUCGCUCCCUUCGUCUUCGUCCGGCAACGUUUCGACGACGAGCCGACCAGCCGUAUCAUCCUGGACCACGGCGGGAUCCUCGUCCAAAUCUCGCGGAUCAUCGUCAUCGGCCGCCGCCGCUGCCGCCGAGGCUUCGAAAAAGCAGCGUCAGAAUGCCGCCAAGAAUGCGGCCAAGCGAGCCGCAAAGGAGGAGGAGGAGCGGCUGCGCCUCGAAAAGCUCGCGCGGUACCGCAAGGAGCAGGAAAAGGAAAAGAUCCGGAACCUCCCGCUCCCCUCGUCGGGCGCGGGCAGCAGAAGAACUACGACGACGACGAGCGCAAAGGUGCCCACGGCCAAGGCGUCGGUCAGCGAGACGGGUGCGCUCAUCUGGGACUGA